AUGCUCAGAAUCAUCUACCUGACCACCUCUGCUGCGCUUGUGUUCGCUCAGCCACAGCCCCAAUCCAGAGUUGUGGGAGGAGAAGUGGCAAAACCUAACUUUUGGCCAUGGCAGGCCUCUCUGCAAGCCCUACAAGGUUCACGCUACAGGCAUGUAUGUGGAGGUGUGCUAAUCAAAAAACAGUGGGUGUUGACUGCUGCUCACUGCUUUGAAACUGCUAAUGUGUCCCUCGUGGUUCUUGGUGAUCAUGACCUGACAAAAAGUGAGGGCAAGGAGCAGCUCCACAAAGUGAAACGCACCUACAUCCACCCCGCCUGGGACAAGAAUCAAGGAAACGACAUUGCCUUGAUCCUUCUGUCCACUGAGGCCACUCUAAACUCCUAUGUGAAGCUGGCUACCCUGCCUCCCUCAGACCAAAUGCCCUCUGCUAAAUGGACAUGCUACAUCACUGGCUGGGGAAGCACAGAAAUUGGUGGUUUGCCCUCAGUAGUACUGAAGCAGGCCUUCCUGCCCAUCAUAGAUUUCCCUACUUGCUCUUGUGCCUGGUGGGGUUCUGCUGUGAAAGACAACAUGAUCUGUGCUGGAGGUGGGAGUAAUUAUGGCUGCUAUGGUGACUCUGGCGGCCCUCUGAACUGUCUAGUCAGCGGCCAAUAUGUGGUCCACGGUCUCACCAGUUUUGUGCAUUGUGCUGAAUGCAACAGGCAAGCCACUAUCUUCAGCCGGGUGUCUGCCUUUCUCCCCUGGGUCAACCAGGUAAUAGCGCUCCAAGAUAUGAACACAUGA